GCACCAGGCAGCUGUGGGGCAGGGCCAGGGGGUGCCGCCCCGGCACCGGAGCUCGGUCACCUGACGGGCCCUGCGGGGAGCUCUGGGCAUAACCCGGGUCCGCAAACCAGGAGUAGGGCACUCCCUUCUCUUUUCCUGGUGCUGGGAGGACCCGGAGGCUGCAGGAGGCACCAGCUGGAGGAGGCUCCCCAGGAAUGCUCUGAAGUUCCUCCUUGUGACUUCUUCAACCUCUAUGAAGAACAGCUUUUGUCUGGAGCUUAGAUGUAAGCAAAGAUGGCAGUCUGGGUGUGGACAAACAAGGCAGGCUGAGGUCACUGGACUCUGGUUGCACCUGUGGACCAUGCCAUGUACUUUGUGGGUAGUGUGGGCCCUAGCAGCCAUGGUCAGCCUCUCUAUGACAAGGCCUCCCGAUCGGACUACUGCUCCUCUGUCUUGUGAUGCUGCGGGUACCUGUGAUGGCCGCUCCAGGUCUCUGGACUCCAUUCCCUCGGGCCUCACGGCCUCCGUGAAGAGCCUUGACUUGGCCAACAAUAACAUCGCCUACGUGAGCAAAACUGACCUGCAGGGCUGUGUCAAUCUCAAGACUCUGCAGCUGGACUUCAACACAAUUCACACCAUAGAGGAGGAUUCUUUCCAUUCCCUGGGGCGUCUUGAACACUUGGACUUAUGUUGCAAUCAGUUAUCUAACUUAUCCUCCUCCUGGUUCCAGCACCUUUCUUCUUUGAAAUUCUUGAACUUACUAGGAAAUACUUACAGAACCCUCGGGGAAAUGUCUCUGUUUGCUCCUUUGACAAACUUGCGAGUCCUGAGAGUAGGGAAUGUGUAUCCCUUUGCUAAGAUUCAGAGGAAGGAUUUUACUGGGCUCACUUUUCUGGAAGAGCUGGAGCUAGAUGCUUCGAAUCUCCAGCAGUAUGAGCCAGCAAGUUUGAAGUCCUUCCAGAACAUCAGCCGCCUGGUCCUUCAUAGGAAGCAGCCUGCUUUACUUCUGGAAAUCUUUGCUGAUCUGCUAAGAAAUUUGGAAUCUCUCGAGCUGAGAAGUACCGACUUAAGCUCUUUCCAGCUCCCCAGCCUACCCAUCGGUCAGAACGGUUCACCGCUGAGAAAGCUCGUGUUCAGAACCGUGGAAAUCACUGACAUGAGUUUCUCUGAGAUUCUGAAACUGCUGAAUUAUUUUCCUCGAAUGGUAGAAGUAGAAUUUGAGGACUGUACUCUGAACGGACAUGGCUAUUUCAGUUCAUCUGCUCUGGAAGAAAUUAGUGAUGCCUCAAACCUAGAGACACUAACAAUCCGCCGGCUGCAGAUUCCAGAGUUUUUCUUAUUCAAUGAUUUAAGAAGCAUGUAUCAAUUUGUCAGAAGGUUUAAAAGAAUCACUAUAGAAAACAGCAAGGUCUUCCUGGUGCCUUGCUUACUUUCGCGCCAUUUAAAAUCUCUCGAAUACCUGGACCUCACUGAGAACUUAAUGGUAGAAGAACAGCUGACGAACUCGGCCUGCGAGGAGGCCUGGCCUGCCCUCCACACCUUGAUUUUAAGGCAGAAUCAUUUGAGAUCACUGGGACAGACCGGAGAAGUUCUGCUCACUCUGAAAAACUUGACAGCGCUCGACAUCAGUAAGAACAGUUUUCACUCUAUGCCUCCCACUUGCCAUUGGCCAGAGAAGAUCAGACGCUUGAACUUGUCAAGCACACACAUUGACAGCCUAACCCCCUGCCUCCCCCAGACAUUGGAGGUCUUAGACGUGAGCAAUAACAAUCUCGAUUCCUUUUCCUUGUUGUUCCCCCGACUCCGGGAACUCUACAUUUCCAGAAACAAGCUGAAGACCUUACCAGAUGCUUCCUUCUUGCCCUCGUUACUCAGUAUGACAGUCAGCAGGAAUAUCAUAAAUUCCUUCACUAAGAAGCAACUUGACUCUUUCCAGAAGCUGACAACUUUGGAAGCCGGUGGCAACAGUUUCAUCUGCUCCUGUGAAUUCCUAGCAUUUACUAUGCAGGAGCAGCAAAUGCUGGGCCGGAUCCUGACGGACUGGCCAGAAAGGUACCUGUGUGACUCUCCGUCCCAUGUCCGGGGCCAGCAGGUCAGGGACACUCGGCUUUCAGUUUCAGAAUGUCACCGGGUGGCCCUGGUGUCUGCCCUGUGCUGUGCUCUGCUCCUACUGGCCUUACUCACCGUGGGCCUGUGCCACCGUUACCACGGACUGUGGUACAUGAAGAUGACCUGGGCAUGGCUCCAAGCCAAGAGGAAGCCCAGGAGAGCCCCGGCCAGGGAGCUCUGCUACGACGCCUUCGUGUCUUACAGCGAACAGGACUCCUACUGGGUGGAGACGCUCAUGGUCCAGGAGCUGGAGCACUUCGAGCCUCCCUUUAGGCUGUGUCUUCACAAGCGGGACUUCGUCCCUGGCAAGUGGAUCAUUGACAACAUCAUCGACUCCAUCGAGAAGAGCCACAAAACCAUCUUUGUGCUCUCGGAACACUUUGUGAAGAGUGAGUGGUGUAAGUACGAGCUGGACUUCUCCCACUUCCGGCUCUUCGAUGAGAACAAUGAUGCCGCCAUCCUCGUCCUCCUGGAGCCCCUGGAGAAGAAGGCCAUCCCCCAGCGUUUCUGCAAACUGCGCAAGAUCAUGAACACCAAGACGUACCUGGAGUGGCCCCAGGAUGAGGCUCAGCACCAGGGCUUCUGGCUAAGUCUUCGAGCUGCCAUCAAAGCUUAGGCUGUCUGGUUAGAGGCUGGUCCUUGACAGCAUUCCUUGGAGCUGCGUCCAUUCAGACACCAUGAUGUGAAAUGCACUUGUAACAUACAUGUUGGUAUUUUAUUUUAAUGAGAGAAAUAGAGAGAGAAUGCCCAGAGCACUGCUCAGCUUUGGUUUAUGCUUGGGAUUGAACCUGAGACCUCAGAGCCUCAGGCAUGAAGGUCUUUUGCAGAACCAUUAUGUGUCCCGCAGCCCUGCAAUAUGCAUCCUGUAUGCAUGACUGUACUGUUCUUCCAUAUUCUCUUCCUUGAAGUCAUUACGACCUCACAUUUUAGUGACCCAGGAGGUGGCAGGGUGGAUAAAACACUGGACUUUCAAAGCAUGAGGUGCUGGAUUUGAUCCCUGGCAUUACAUGUGCCAGAGUGAAGCUCUUGUCUUCCUCCUCCUGCUCUUAUAAAUAAAUUAAUCUUUUUUUUUAACUUCAAAUUUUAUGCUGUUUUUUUUAAAUGUACAAAGGUGAGAAAAAAACUUUCCAUUAUCUUAUGAGAGACUCAGGAUCGGAGUCCAUUAUUGAUAAAAGAACUAUCUGUG